AGAAGGGGUCCCACAGCAUACGAGUGAUAGCGCCAUAAAUUAGAAUAUGGUUGAGAACUCGAGGGAGAGAGAAGAAAAAAGUGGGCCAUUGUAUUCACAGACAUUUUGCACAGUUUCAAGAGACAGUCAAAACCAGCUCCCCAUUGCACACUUGCUCUCACAGAAAACCCCAAACUCUUUCUUGUUCUUUUAUUUCUAAGGAUUCAGGGAAAAAACAAACGAAAAAGCAUUCAUCGUGUAUGGUACCCAGAUGUGCUAACAUACCCCAUUUGCCCCCACCAUCUCUCUCUCUCUCUCUCUCUCUCUCUGUUGUCCUUACCCUCUGAGACCUGAAAUUUCCUCCUUCCUUUCAACCAUGGAGGUCUACCGCCUCCUUUCUCUUCUGGGUGUUGUGGGGUUUCUUGGAAUGCACCUUAUUCCUGUAAUAAUGGCAGAUUGCCCCUUAGAUUUGAGUGGAUCAAACUUUACACUGGCAGCUUCUUUAUGCUCUAAAAAAGAUGAGAGAGGAAAGUGUUGCCGCUAUGUAAAUGCUCUAAUUGCAGUUUCGGUCACUCGCUAUGCAAACAGAACAGGCAACUUAGGGGUUUCUUCAAAUUUAUCUGACAUCUGCCUGCAGUCCAUAUCACAAACCUUGGAACUAUAUGGAGUUCCACAAAAUGCAACCAUUUUUUGUGGAUUUGGAACAAAGAUACCUGUAAAUUAUGAAUGUAAGGGACGAAGAACUGUCACACAGAUGCUGCAGUCCCCAAAGUUUGUGGAUGUCACAGAAAAUUGCAGAGUACCUCUUUCUGAGGAAACUAAAUGCAGGAAAUGUUUAAAUGCUGGCAUUGUAUACCUUCAUCAUUUGGUAGGAACAGAAAAUAAUAUGACACUGAGUACUUGCCGGGAUGCAACAUUUGCUGCACUUGCAAGCCAAGUUGAUGAUACUUCAGCUGUUGACAUUGCAAGCUGUUUCUUUGGAGUUCAGGGGCUUACCCUUCCCCCAGGUUCAGAGCCAGCCCCAUCUUUAAUCACCCCUGAGGCUUCUCCAAGUCCUUUGAUUGCUGCUAGCCCCAGCCAUAACCUAUCGGCUCUACCUCUAAAUCAAAAUCACCAUUCCUACCACCUUACAUUAAUACCAGCUGUUGGCAUUGGAGUGACAGUUGUUGCUGUUAUCAUGCUAGUUGUGUUGGUAAUCCUUAUUCGUAAGAAAAGCAGAGAGCUAGGUGAUUGUGAAAAUAUAGAUAAGACAUCUUCAAAAACAUUCCCUCCCUCUCGUCCUGCUCGGAAAUUUCAGGAAGUACAUGCAGGUAGUUCAUCUAUGUUUCGAAAAUUCAGCUACAAGGAAAUAAAGAAGGGGACAGAUGAUUUCAACACAAUCAUUGGACAAGGGGGAUUUGGAACUGUGUACAAAGCCCAAUUUAGUGAUGGCUUAGUGGCAGCAGUAAAGCGGAUGAACAAAGUAUCAGAACAGGGGGAGGAUGAAUUCUGCAGGGAGAUAGAGCUUCUUGCCAGAUUGCAUCAUCGUCAUCUUGUUGCUCUAAGAGGUUUUUGCAUUGAAAAACAUGAGAGAUUUCUCAUGUAUGAGUACAUGGCAAAUGGUAGCUUGAAGGAUCAUCUUCAUAUUCCAAAUAGAAGUCCUCUAAGUUGGCGUAGGAGAAUCCAAAUUGCCAUUGAUGUGGCUAAUGCUCUGGAGUACCUACACUUUUAUUGCGAUCCUCCUUUAUGCCACAGAGACAUUAAAGCCAGCAACAUUUUAUUGGAUGAGAAUUUUGUUGCCAAGGUUGCUGAUUUUGGCCUUGCACAUGCAUCAAAGGAUGGUUCUAUUUGCUUUGAACCUGUAAACACAGAUAUCCGAGGAACUCCAGGUUAUAUGGAUCCUGAGUAUGUGAUCACUCACGAGCUGACUGAGAAAAGCGACGUGUAUAGUUACGGUGUCCUUCUGCUUGAGAUAGUGACUGCCAGACGAGCAAUACAUGAAGGCAAGAAUCUGGUUGAAUGGGCACAAGCAUACAUGUUAUCAGAAUCAAGGCUUUCUGAUUUGGUUGACCCCAGUAUAAGAAAUUCUUUUGAUAUGGGGCAGCUUCAAACAAUAGUGUCUAUCGUGAGAUGGUGCACCCAGAAGGCAGGCCGAGCCAGGCCUUCAAUUAAACAGGUUCUCAGGAUUUUGUACGAAAGUUCAGAACCCAUGCAUAGUGGAUUGGUAGAAGCUGUGGAAGAUGAAGAGUAUGAAGGUCUCGAUGGGAGACCAAGGACAAGCAAAGGGAAAAUGCACAGAAAUGAGACACUUUUCCACAGUGGGGACUGGAGAUAUCUGGCUUCUUCUUCAAGUACGUCUAGAUCAUAUUGUAGUAGAAGCUUCUUAUUUGAAACCGGUUCUCCACAAUCUCCACCCAAUAUUUUGUCUGUUUAGACUCAAAUGCCAUGUGGUCAGGUCAUCCAUAGUAAAUCUAUACUUUUUAUAUAGCAAGUUAAAGGAUUUCUAGAGUUAUACAGGCCUUUGGAUCAAGGGUGAAAGGAAAUUGUAAAAGUAAAUUUGGUUUUUUUUCUACUUAUUUUUCUAUUUGUGUUAAAAAUUUUGAGAUAUGGUGUUUUAAUAAAUUCUUUUUGCUUGUAUUA